GGGAGAACACUCGUAACACAAAAGGUUAAGCAUGCAAAUAUAUUAGCAAGGGCAAAAUGGCAUCUAAAAUAAAUAUACAUUUACCCGGUUUGACAAAAAUUGUUUUGCAAUUUCGGCCUUGUAGUGCAUUUGGAAAACUUAAUGGUAAACAUGGUAUUAAAUAAUUAUGAUUCUGUUUGAAAAUUGUAUGACAGUUGAUAUUUAUUCAGUUAAGAAAACAAGAAGUAGGCGGUUUACCACUACUCAGUCACUACUACACUACUCACUACUGCGACACACGACUAUGUCACACUCACACUGUGGUGAUUGUGGAUGCGUCUACUCUACUAAUCAAUGAUCAAAUACUAAUUUAGUAGUAGGCCUAAUAAUACUAAUACUCUAAUAGUAAAUAGUAUAAUAUAAUAGCUUAAUACUAAUUACUAUUUAAAGUUAUUAUCUAGUACUCUACUAACUCUACUACUAAUUUAAUUUAGUUUAGUACUUAGUUUAGACUUCUAACUUACUUUUUACUUUAAGUAGCAAAACUACACUUUGACUAUCCACUAUUAUUAACUAUUCACUAUUCUCUUACUUAAUUACUCUUACUCUUAGUCUUAGUUUUAGACUCUUAGUCUUACUCUUAAUUAAUCAGAGUCUUAUUAUAUGCUUAUUCUGUAAUAUAACUGUACAUUGUACUGUUCAGACUUCAGAAUCGUACUACAUUUAUAUACUACAUUUUUUCAUUAACUCUUUCCUAGCCAAUCGGUGAUUUGAUUAAACUGGCAGCGUUUGUGCCAAUCGACGAUAUAUCGUCGACAUCGUCGACUUAAUUUUUGUAGUUUAUUUCGUUGUCUACGGCUAUCUAUCCUACUAUUUACGUCCUCAAAUAAACGAUAACUCUUCCUACUUCCUUCCUGUUAGAAGUAGGUUUUAUUAACAUCUGUUUUUCCAAUAAUUGCAACCUUUUUUAUUGAUUUUUGUUGAAAAUGUUGUAAAAAAAACAAUGGCCACACCCACUCCAAGCACAUCAGCUGUUGCUAGACCACGUAGCUGUAGGUCAUCCCAUUUGCAAACAAAAGAGCUUUUAUUGUGAAUUAUUGAUGCUGAAACAUCAGACAAUAACCAUGAAUCAUUUGAAUCUAAUCUCAGUGAUGGUUUUCAGCUUUCUGAUGGGUCAGUAAAUGCCAAAUGGAAAUAGAAUUGUGAUAGUAAUACUAAUAGUGGUGACAGUCAGCACGUUGGUAAACAUUUCAAAUUUUUUUUUUUUAAUAUGAAAAAAACACAGCUGUAUAGAACCCAGAGAAUGGAUUACAAAAAUACCAAGAUUGACCUUCUAGCUCAAGUGGUUCAAAAGUUAGGGAUUUUUUCCAAACCACUUUUUUUAUCUAAGGUGACAGUGAGGAUUCAGAUAAUACUACUCCUGUUCCUACAAAGAGAAGUUGGAAAUUAGACAGAAAAGAAUUAGGUUUCUAAAGCCCAGAACCCUGAAGCACUCAUUCCCCUAGUGUCCACCCUAUCAAAGCCAGGGGAAAAGCCCAUCAACAGAGCAGACCAGGUUGAAUAUGGCGGGCAUGAUUGACAGUGUUCAUACUGUUCAGUGCACACAAUAACCAAAUGUGGCUGCUGUGUGUGCAUCAGAUGCACAGGAAGGCCUCAUUUGUGUAUUAUAUAUUCCUUUUAUUGGGUUGGCUUAUGAGUGGGUUACACACUUUUCACGCUUUUCCCUGAAAAAACAAAGUUUGUUAACUCAUGAAAAAAACUGGCUAACGAACGAGUAUAUACAAUAGUCCUGAACACCCAGGCUUUAUAGUUAAACCAGAGACUCUUUCCAGCAGAAAUACACUAUGGUCUCUUGGAGACUCACAGAUGCCUAAAACACAGUAUAUUACUUAAAAUUGUUUUGAUCAUCACUUUUAACCUGGGGCAAGUCACGUACUCCAAGUUAUAUGGAUGUUUGAAUACAUAAAAGGCUGGAUAGGGUAUUAAGGCGCCCUGUUCUUGAUUAAUCUUUAUUUAUGGAAUAAGGUUUAAUCCUGCUCACUUUGACCUAACCCUCCACUUCCAUGAGUCAGGAAACAUAAGGUUUCUAUUAUUUAAAAAAUAUAUAUAAUGUAUUUGAACCUCAAAUUUAAGCACGUUUUUGCAAGACUUGAUGUUUUCCAGCAGUUAUAAGUGCAUUUGAGACUGUCUGAAACGAGGGCAAUUAUAAGGGCCAUAUUAUAAAAAAGGUAUCAUAAUCACAACUGCUUUUGUGUCUUUGGGAAUAGCAGAAUGGUUUGGGCAGAUGGUACCAACAAGCUAAGCUUGAGCAAUGCCGAAAUAGCUGCUAGCAAACAGAAUUGCCUUCAACUUUAAAAGCAAACGUCCUACAUGAAUGGUAAAAAAACUAAAGGGAGUCAAAUUAACCCUUUUGAGACGGAGCUUGUUUUGAGUGUUGGUGCCAAGAAGACAAGCUCGGCCCUUAUAAUACAAAAAUAAAAGUAAAAUAAUUACUUUACAAAUAUAAAACUAUAAAACAGGUUAACAUUUUCACCCGGUACUGAAUCCGAGGUUUUUUUUUUACUACAAUUUGCCAAAGGCUGGUAUAAAUCUGAGUACUAUUUUUUCCAUGUACUAAGCUACACAUUAUUCAUGAUGAAACUUAUCGUAUAUUACCGUUUAUAACAUGAUCCAUGCAUAAUGAAAUAAUGCCAUGUCCAUGUAUAAUGCUACCUGUAAUCUAAUAAUAAUACAAUGCGAUUAAAGAAUUAAAUAUUUAUUUUUAAAUAAAAAUGUCAAAAUCCUUUUAAUUAUUAUAUUUAAAAUGAUUUUUGGUCAUACCUAUACAACAUGCGAAUAUUACUUCAAAGGAAUGCUACUUACAUUAAUGGUGGUAUGCGCAGAUACUAAGUGCGCUUGGUCGCAGAAUGUUUGUAGAGGCAUUAUUUAUACCGUUAAAUGGUAAUGAAAAUUUAGUAUACCGGUGUAUAAUGCGAACCCCUACUUUUAACACUUUGUAUCCACAUACUGCAUAGAGUAUAAAAAAAACUUCUAUCCCCAUUAAUUUUACUCCCGCCCGGUACAGUAAAAACUAAUAUUAUAAGUCAAUAAACACAAUACAUUUUUUUAGUUAGAUGAGAUUUACUUACUUCGAUAAAUUAAAUAAAGGAAUCUGUAGUACUCCAGCUGGCAUAAUUAACUGAUGAAUUAUAUAUAAUUAAAACUAAAUUCAUCACGAGUUCAUUUUUAAAAAAAAAUUACAAUUUAUGGGUGGGAAAAACUCAAAAUUUGACAAAAGUUUAACUUGAAACCAGCUAUUUUAAUUUAAAAGUUGUGAAUUAUCCCUUUGAGAAGGAUGUAAACAUGUUACAAUGUGUGCGCAUCUAAGGGGGAACUCCAAACCAUAAGUCUGAAAUUGAAGCAGUUUAGACAGCCAUCCAUUUAAUGCACCAGUUCAUUGGAUAGCUUUAAAAAUUUUAAUUUCAAAUAAAUAGUUGAAUUCACAUGGAUAAGAAUUGCUAACGUGAACAUUUGAAAAAAAAAUAGAUAUUUGGCUGGGUUUAAUGUAAGAGGUGAUUUCUCGUUGUUCCCAAAAAUUAACACCAUCAGAUAUAGCUUUAAUGGAGUAAAUUCAAUUAAUUGUGAAGGGGAAGUACGAUUUUCUAAAAAAAACUGACUAAAAUGUUGACCAUAGCUACGUGUUUUGGGAAAUGGCAUCCCAAGGAAUGAAUGGUUUGUAGAACAAUGCUGCCCAAGAUCAAAAUUAGGUUCUUUCUGCUAAGCUCCAUUGUAUAUAGUGGAGUAUGUUAGCAAAAUAUUGUACAACUUCGAACGUUCAAGCUUUGACGUGCAUAAAUCAAAUUGUUAAGCCUAUAAUACAAAGAACUAGCAAAAUCAAAAUUAUACCUAGACUUACCUCGCACAUUUAAUAAAUAUUUUAACUGACAAGUAAUUAAUCAAUAUUCUGCCAAUUUGCUUUUUGGUGCAACCUUAAUUGUAGUUACUACAACAAGGAUUGCACCAUGUCUAAUUCCACUUAACCACAAAUAGAUAUUUUGAUAAAUUUUACAUAAUUAACAAAUAACAGAAAACUCAUUGAGUAACAAUAUAUGAAUUUUAUUCUUGUAAAUUAUUCUGAAUUUACAGAAUUUAAAACUCAACAUAGACAUUUAAACACAUCAUGGAAAAGCUUGGCAACAAACUUAGGAGGGGCUAGCCUGCAGAGCCUUCCUGGAAACCGCUUUGUCUUUUCAAAUUUUACACCAAUAUGGCAGAAUUCUUGUCGCUUCAAGGGAACACAGUUAGCAGACACUGUUGUCAGCUGGAACACAGGGUAAUUCUUAAAUAUAAAAAUAAAUUAUAUGUGAGUCAUAUUUGUACUAUUCCAGAUUAAAUAUUCAAUCAAUGCUAAAUGAAAUGAUAGACAAGAAAUAUUUCAAACACAUUUAUGUAAAUUUUGAAAGCUUUGUUUAAAAUAAAACCUUGUAUCUUUGUUAUUUUUAUACAUUUAUAUACUCAGAGUUGCUGGCAUAGAACAAUCUGAAGACUACACUCCUCUCACUGAUGCAGAUUUACAAAAAGGUAUUGAUCCUUUAAUGGGACAAUUUUUACCUUUUAUUAUUGCCGGUAUUAUAAUUAUUACUUUAUACUGCUAGUGUGAAAGAAUUUAAAUUGUCACUGUAACUCUCCUCUCUAAACGUGUUAAGUAGAAAAUUUUCAAAAUUCUUUUUUAAUUAUUAAGUUAAUUUAUUUGUUGUUUUUUUCAUUUAUUUAAGAUCUAGGUAUUUACAAUGUCCUGUAAAAAAUAUUUCUAAAAUUGUUUUGGUGGAAAGUACAUUUUCUGGCACACUAUGAAACAUAUGUUUUAAAAGUUUAUUUCAAAGCUAUUAGGUUUUUAGUGUCUCCUGUAACAUUUUAAAACCCUGAAAUAUGUUGUCUUUGGAUAACUGAUAUUUUACUUACUUAUAUUAACAAUCACAUCUGAUACCGGUAAUGUACAUUCUGUUCACACUGAUUUGUUUUGGUUUUAAGUGAAUCUUUUCAAUUAAACCAAAAUGAGGACAAAAGUGUUUUCAUUAUUCUAAAUGAAAAUAAAUGAAUGGAAGGUAACUUUUUUUCUUAAUUUGUCUUUUCUAGGUAUUGGUGAGAGAAUUAAUAAGAGUUUAGAAAUAGGAGAGGCUGGGCGUUUGUUUGCUGUUGUAUAUAUCAGAGGCAUGCAACACAAAGUUACUACAGAAGAUAUCAUUGCUGUCAAACUUGAUUUCCCCCCAACUGUUGGUGAUAAGUUACGUCUUGAAAAGGUACAAAAUUUUAUACUGUGAUGGCUGUACUUUUAAGUUGAAAGGAUAAAGUGGGAAUUAUAUUUUUAUGGCUUAAGACUUAAAAGUAAAAACAGUUCAGGGGCCAUUAAGCAACUUGUAAAUUAAUAACCAUAGCAGCAUGAAAUUAAAAAUGUUACAUUAAUUAUUAGCUCUAAGAGUACUAAGACAUUUAAUAAAAAAAAGUUUGCAGACUGGAUUUGACUGACGUUUACUGACAUUGGAAAUAGAGAAAUCCCACAUUGUCAAAUUAGUUUAUAUGUAAAUUAAUUUCCUCUAUCUACCUCAUGAAAAAAAUGACUACUUAUUAAUUUUAUGUUUGUUUUUGGAAUAGGUCCUAGCUGUUGGUGGCAAGGAUUUUACGCUUUUUGGACAGCCUCUCCUUAGGUAAGAGCCCUUGACAAUUAUAGAUACCAGCAAUAAGUGAACUGUUUCUAUAAAAAAAAAUUAUUGUAAUGCAUAGAAUAUGAUUGCUCUAAAAAUUUGAAUAACUCUAAAUUUUUUAAAUCUGAAAAUACUAAAGUGCACUUGUACAAUUUUUAGUACAAACCUUUUUUUUCCCCAGCAAAUUUAGAAUCAUAUAUCCCUUUGGAUAGAAGCAAAUAUAAAAUUUCACACAUUUAAGCAUGUAUCUGGAUAUGAGCUAUAGUUUGCACACACAGUACUCUUAACCUCUUUAAGAAAUCAACCAAACACACCAAUAAUAAAAAAUAACAUUGAAUCACCAAUAAAAUAUUGUAACAUAUUGUCUACCACUUAGUAUUAUUAUAGUUGAUGAAAACAGAUACCACGUAAAAAUAUAUCCAGAUCAGAUUACAAGAUUGUUAAAAAAUAAAUUUAUUCACCACAGUUCUAGACAAGAUAUAUAAUUUACAGCUCUGGACAAGAGACAAAAUUUAAACUGACUAGACAAGAUACAAAAUUCGUUUUAAUUUUAUUUCCUCCAAUAUGUGACACAUAUUUAAGCCAAAUCAUUUUAAUGAGAUCUGAUCUUUCUAUGAUUCAACUUUAAAAAAACAACUUUUGUGUAAAGCUGUAAAUUCUAGAUUUUGUCUGUUGAAAAUUCUUUAUUUACUAGCAUAAAAAAAAUGACACAAUUAAAAGAAAUAUAUUUAACUAUUGGCCAAAAUAACCUUUAAAGAUGCUAAUGGUAUUUAAAUCAAAAUACAUAUUUCUCUAUUAACAAAGAAGCUUAUGUUUUAAUAGUGAAAAGAAUAGUAACACAACCCCUAAAAACAAAGUUUUUUGAAUAAAGCCUUUAGAAAAUAUGAUAUCUAGGAAUCAGGGGUGGGGCUGAAAAUUUGACAAACAUGCAUACAAGUAACGCACUUUAUAACAAACCCAAUUUUCAGUAGUUGGGGUUGGAGGGUGGGGCUGAACAUUUGGUAGAAUGUGUUGUCAGCGGCAACGAGUUUAUGUCCCAAAUUUCUGCUUUACACGUUGACGGAUAGUAGGUCAAUUAGCCGCUUGAAGUUUUUGCCAACUAUGAACAAAGGUGAAGUUAAUAUAAAGGAUUUUAAAAUAUUUCAUUUCAUAACUAAAAAUUGAUAGUUCAUUAAUUCAAAAGUUCUUUUAUUAUGACAGUAUUUCUGGUGCAUGUUCGUGUUAUCAAAAAUGACCCAUAAUAAAAGAAAAUGAAAGUUUUAUUUAGUGAUUCAUUUUCACAUCAUCCUACAACGACCAUGAACUGGUUUUUUUUUUAAAUGGUGCAACACUUAUUUAUUAUAUAUUUAAAGAACUUGGUAGUUUCUUUAUUUUAAAUGUAUCUUUUAAUGGGAACAGAAAGCCUUUUUAAAAUACACUUUGUAAGAGAGUCUAUCUGCAGAAAUAGAUGCUACAUUUUUAAAAAAUGCAUGCACCAAAAAUGUCAUCUAUUGAUGAUUUAGGUGUGAUGGGUCCACCAUGACAAGGCCAGACUUUGAAUGAAGCACUUGCUGAGUUUUUACUCUUGACUGGCGAUUCAUGAAGAAUAACAUCCUCAGCUCAGAUCACACCCUUGCAACAGUAUAUGUUUGACCAAACACCAAAAGUCUCCCUGUUGUAUAAGCAUUGGGGCAGCCGCUUGAUAGCCUAGCUGAGAAUGCCCCACAUAUUUGGGCUCGUCUUUGUGCAUAUGGAUCUGGUAGUGUCCACUAGACAGGGCAUGUACAGCAAAAUCUAUUUGGGUCAGAGCUUCCAGCUUCCAUCACUGUAGCUCAAGUUUCUAUCCUGCAUGUCGCACCCAGAUGCUCACACUCAGUCUCGGGGCAUACCAACAUGACCUACCCAAACAGCUUUUGUGUUCCGAACAAAGACACUCACCUAAACCUAGCAUGCGCUAAUUGGGUAUGGAACAAAGGAAAGCAACUCGUACCCCUGCAGCGGGGCGUAAUCCAUCGGGACUUCUGGAGGUGGUGACCAACGGGACUCAGGCCGUCUCUCUUAGCACCAAACAUUAACCUUAUACGUCAUCAAUGUCACCUCCGCAUCACCACAAAUGGAAGCAAGAGCUCAAGUCACAAGCAGGCAACUUUAUUUGAUACUUAGCAUAUAGCCUUCAUUGGUUAUCACUCUAGGAUGGGUUACAAUAACCUGGCUCUGUCGACUUAGCAAUCAUAUUUAAAUCAUUCCAUAACCAGAUCUCCUGUCUGGGUUUGCUGUCCAUUAUGAGCUACCUGAGAUGUUCCUAGGCUCUGCCGUCUUUGGUCCACCUGGGUUUGUGUACUCACGCAUACCUGGGCAAAAAGCACACCUCAUGUAAUUCCCAAGCCAUCCAUCUAACAACUGCCAACUGUUGAUGCGCAGAGUACUGGAGGGGUCCUGGGGUCACCUCUGGUGGAUCUUUCUCAGACUCAAAUCACAGCCAUGCAGGGAGAACCAGUACUGUUUUCUUCUCUAAAAAGGAGUUGAUCCAACAGACAUAUCACCAGACCGAAGCUCUCCAUAGUGCCAAUACAUUUCCAAAAUUGGUUGUCUUUUUUUUUCGAUAUUAAAUUGCACAACCAUAAAUUAAUAUGAGCUCACACAUUUUUUAUUUUACCGGUACUAAUUAUUAUUGAAAAAUGACAUACCAGUAUGCUGCUUGUGGCAAAUUAAAAAAAAAAUUUAUUUAAAUACUGGUAGAUGAAUUGCUGUUUUUUUUCAUUAUUAUUUACCUUUUUUUUUCCAGUCGAGAGGUUGUGAGAGUUGAUGCAACAGUUGUUGAGAAAACAUUGUCUCAUAAUCGAAUUUGGCUGGUAUAUCGAAAGAGGAAAAAUUUUAAAAGAUUCCGCUGUAAGUAUAUCUUGGACAAAAAUUAUUUUAUGUCCUAGAAAUUAUCACCCAGUUAAAACUAUACUUUUGUAUAUUCAUAUAAAAUAUUACUACCCUGUAAAUACAUUUAAUGAGAAUCAUGCUACAUUGGUUAGCGUGUACUUUGUAUGAAGUCAUGAAAAUAAAGACACUUCCUUAACUUUACUUAACCCUUUCAUUCUUGUCAAUAAUUUUAGGAUAAAUUUUUUUCCCCCGCUAUUGAUGUUGUAUAAUAAUUCAAAUUUGAUUUUUCAUUUGUUUUUGUUCAGUGUUCAGAGAGCAGUAUACUAUGCUGGUUAUCAACUCCAUCCAAGUGGCCCGUGUUCCUGAGGCAGAGGACAAUGUAGCUGCAGAAAGCAGGAGCAGCUGAAUUCAUCUAAAAAUAAGACAACUAUCUGAAAUAUACUAGAGAUUUUAAUCAAGGAAAGCAAAUCUUGGUGAAAUUUAAAAGCAGAUUUAUUUGAGAUAGUAAAAUAUACAUUUCAAUAUUAAUAUAUGAUAUAGUCCACUCAUGGUCUUAACUGAAGCGUAGCUGUAUAAUCUCUGCUUUAGAAUAGGGAUAUUAGAUAAAUCACAUCAGGCAAUAUUUGCAGAGUUCCUUUUCUUUUUAUAACUCUUAUGGAAUUAUUGUUUUAAUAUUACAUUUAGCUUUACAGGAUAAAAGUAUUUAAAGGAUUGUUAAAAGUAACAAAGGAAUAAGCUGUUACAUAAUUAUAUAACAGAGUAAAAAUAUUUUCCAUACUUGAGGAAACCAUAGCUCCGAUGGCUAUAUUGGUCAUAUCCUAAACUACAACUACAAUGCUGUGAAAACAUUGAAUUGGUGAUUUCUAACAUGAGUAGGAUUUUCAUAGCAUCUCUUUCCUUGGAGUCCCAGCCUUCCACCAUAAUAUCCAGGUAACUGUUAGUUUUCAGCAUACACUUGAGCAUAUGGCUGGCUGCUCAAUGUCCAAAACAGAAGAUUUCCAAAAGUUAUUGGAAAAUAGUUCUUCUAAUACUAACUUCUAAUUUUACUGACAGUUUAACAACCAAGACUAAAUAAAAUCUCAUAAAAUCAUUGUUCGACUAAAUAAAUGACUACCGUAAUUCAUCAGAUUCAUUUUUUAUUUUAUUUCUUAGUGUUGUUAUAUGUAAUAAAGAAAAAUAAGACAAAUGAUUUAAGGUAUUUUUUUCAUCUGUUAUUUUCAUUUUCAAAUUUAAAAAAACCAAAGUGAAAUUUUAAAUCUAAUCUUGUUAUUUUGACUUAAUAUUUAAAAUGAAUCAAAGUGAGUGAGUGAUACCAGUACACACCUUAUACAGGCUCUCCAAUUCUUGUGGGUAACUUAAAUACCUACAAAGUUUUAUCGCUUCUUGGAGAAGAAAUAAUAUUUAGGCAUGUGAUAAGUAUA